AUGCGAGAAGUACGAAUGAGAAGCACAUUAGCAGGAGUUCAGUUUGCCGCGUGGGGAGGAUUGUUCAGUACAAUCGAUUGUUGCCUUGUCGCCAACCGCAAGAAGGAAGACUCCAUCAACUCUAUCGUUUCUGGAGGAUUGACUGGAGCUCUGUUGGCUAUCCGUUCACCAAAGAUGGAAAGGAUUCGUCUCGAAGUCAUAGAACUUGGCGAACUUAUGGGAUAUGUCCAUUUGCAGAAAAAAGUCCCAAAAGCUCAUGUCAAUUCACUUCUAAUUCUUAUCGACACGUUAUCAAUUCGAGCGAUCGAUGUUAAAGACACACUCGCAGAAUCAGAUAUCGAGGAGUUCAAUUCAGUAGUUGAAGAGGUUCUUGCCGCCAUGCGUAGAGACUGUUUGACAAUGCCACAACGUGUUCUUGAGUAAGCUGUGUCAGCCAGUCAGCGCCAGUCAGCUUCUUCUCAUCUCGUCGUCCGUUGUUGAUUU